AAAACAUCAUUUUCACCUAUUCGUCCUUGCAGUCGCUGAGCUGCGACGCGACAACCGCCAUGGACGAAAAACAGGAUGGACGCUACCAGCGACUGCGACGUCGCCACGUUUACCUGCAUCGCUUGGCUGGUGAUGACGUUUUCGCUACUAAGAUCGAGAGUCAGCCCAAGGCACCUUUCAUCAUGGUGAUCCGAUUUGCGAUAUAUGCUUUCAUAGCAACUUUUGUGAUCAAGGCACGCAGUCAAGUCGAAGAUUUGUCAAUAGCCAAUGAUGGAACAAAGUCUGCUCUAACUGAGCAGUACUUUGAGCACGAACCAAAGCCGCGGAAGUUCGAAGACAUCAAAGACGCGAAAGACGUCCGCACUUGGCUUCAGUGGCUUUUCAAUUCAUUGCAAGCUGCUGGCAGCACAGAUGAGUACAGCAAUCAGCUGUCACUGAACUUGCACAACAGGGUCACCCCCACAGAAGGUGUAUGCAUCAAUUCUUCUUCCAUCACAUUGACCUUCAGGCGAGUCAAACUCAGCAGUGACACGGAGUCUUCGACUACAAGCCGUUUCUCUCCGUUGUACCCUCAAACCUGGACUGCUUUCACGAUCGAGCCUGGAGAAGCCAGUUCUGAUGAAGCAACCUCUCCCAUUGUUGAUGGGAAUUUCAAUUGGCUCCACAGCCCUGCAUGUAAAAGUUGCCCAAACGCCGGUUACAAGCAAAUGGGUGGAUAUGUUGCAGUGGCGACGACUUCGAAAGAUGGCACUGUGGUCCACUUGGUGGAUAGUUCAGGUGUCUCUGAUGUGAUGCCAGAUCCAACACUAAAUCACUGCGAUGGUAACUUGACGAGAUCGGGAACGGUUGCAUUGGAAGAGUUUCUUAGAGAACCCUUCUUCGAUUCACAGCUUGGGAGCCUCACUGCUGAGUUUCAGACGUACAAUGCAAACUUUCAAAGCUUGACAAAGGUCACGGUCUUGUUUCAAUUCAGCGCAGCGGGGAAUCUUUUUUCCCAUCGUGUGGAGACACAGACUUUGCAACUGGACAUCUCUCACAGUUGGAUUCAAUAUUUCGAGUAUACAUAUUUGGUCCUCACUUGCUUUUACUUCUUUGACUUGGUGUACAGAAUCGGAAAGGGUUUUCCAACCUACUUGCGGAACUUCUGGUGCUAUGUCAAUGCUUGCUCCAUCGUUGGAAGCAUCAGCUGCUUCGGCAUUUGGUACUUCUACAUGCCAACUCUUGACACGUUUCGCCGCACAAGACUCUUUCAGGACUACACCAACUUUGACAACAGAAGUGACACUUUUGGCUUCUACAUUCUCACAUCUUCUUUUGCCGUCUUCACCAUCUACUUGCGCAUGUUGCAGUUCUUGGGCCACACUAGGUCCAGGGUCGUGCUUCUACUUAGAACCAUCACGUUCAGCGCAGGCAACAUGAUUAUUUACAUUCUCUACAUCGGCGUGAUUUUCAUUGGCUUCUCCACUUUCGCACUCACAAGCUUUUCCAGUGUAUCGGCAAAUUUUAUCAACCCAUGGGUCACCUUCGUGAGCACAUUUUCUCUAUUCAUGGGUGACCUGCGCGUAAUGAGUGGCUUCAACACAACCUUCAAAGUUCCCUUCAUGUGGCUGUUCAUGUUCUUCUUCUUCUUCCUCUCCGUGCAGAUGUUCAACGCAAUCAUCAACUAUGCCUACAAUAGGGUCUCUGAGGAUAUGAAAUCAGUAUUUCAGCGCGAGCAACUGGAGAAGCAACUUACGAAGACGAAAGGAGAACGCUCCUUUUGGCCAUUUCAAAGGAAGCCAAAAGCUGAAGAAGAGGAUGGGCUAACUUAUGGUGGUGCAAUGAAGGGGCCAGAUUUGACCACACUUGAUCCUGCAGUGAGAGAAAAGGUUGAGGAGUACAGAGAGCGGGACACCAAGAAGAGUGCCAAGGACGGCCUUUGCACAGCCAUGGUCUACUUCGUCAUGGUUGGCUGCUACAUCGGCUUUCUCUACGUGAACAUGCUCGUUGAGGAGAAAAACCAGCUGAGGCUUGCGGUGGAGAGCAUUGUGAGGCAGACAGAAGUCCCAAUGCUACUUCCAUACAGCAAUAGGACAAUGCUUCAAACUUGGGACGAUAUUUCCACAUGGUCACAGGUAGCUUCGUGGAUGCAGGUUGGUUUACCAGCCGUCGUCUUCAAUUCCACUGCACAAGCCUUCAUGGAAACUGCUACAAGUGGUUCUCAGCAGUUGAUCGGUGCAGGCAUGAGAUGCCUACGCAGCUGGAAUUGUCUCAUCACAGGAACAGGAAAUGGCGGCAAUUCAACAAGAAUUGCACGUAUCACUCAGAAAAGGAGCAAACGCCUUCCAAAUCAAGGCAGCCGUAGUGAGGCAACGCCUCAGGAUGAGCGCUUCAUUGGGGGAUUUGCCGAGACAGGCGAUGAGGUUCAAGGCCUUCUAGUCAAUGAAUCUGGUUUCUUCCAGAUCAUCUUUCCAGAUGUGGCCCAGAAUGAAGCUGAGGAUGCUGCCCUUCAAUUUCAACUUGUGUUCGAAAACCAGCCCUUGUGCCAGACUGUGGCAGCAGCAGCAGGAGGGAGCUAUCGAAAAAGUGGUGGAAUAGUGUGUGAGCUUAGUUCCAAUAUAGCUACUUUUGAGAGACAACUAGAGACCAUGCUGGCAAGCAGCUUUUUUGUAAAAGAGUCUGCAUCCUUUGUGAUCGAGCUGGUGGCGCACAAUUCAAACAGAGAUAUGCUCAGCUACAUUGUUUUGACUUUCUAUCAGACUCCAGCAGGCAAAGUGCACAAGGAUAUUCGUGUUUUCUCGCUGGCCCUUUUUGGUUGGGAUGUGGGAGUCGACAAGUUGGGAUACUUCAUCGGGCGUCUUUUGCCGGGUGCGAUCUACAUGACGCUCGUCGUCGCCUUCACAAUCAUGCUUUACCAGGAGAUGCAAACCGAGCAUACCCGGCGCUCUGUUGCAGAAAGUGCUGAGAAAAGCGGCCUCUUCACGACAAUCUUUACCUUCUUUGCCAGUGAUGUCUUCCGGCCUGUCGAUGCAAUUUCGUAUUUGAUGUCUUUCUGGAGCUUUGUUCUGUUCGUUCUGUGGCUGGUGAAGGAAGGGGAUCUUCAGCAGAAACUUCAAGGAAACUAUGGGGAAAUUGUCGACUUCGCAUCAGAGCUGAUUGCCCAAGAGAAAGAGUACAAUCGAAUCUCAGCAGCUAAUCUUUUGCUCUUGUUUGUCCGGCCACUGCGCUUUAUUCGUGAAGACCCUCGUAUGCAACGGCUCAACCAAACUCUGCAAGAUGCCAAGACAGACAUAUUUUGGUUUAUCGUUGUUCUUUGUAUUGUGCUGUUCGCGUGCACUUUGCUGGCCAAUGUGUCCUUCGGACCGUUCUUUCCCGGAUGCAUAGACAUUUCCGCUUCCUUCCUGUUCUGCUUCUCAUUCAUUCUUGGAGAGUUUGACUUUUGGAGUCUCUACCGAGCGAACCCAGUCAUGGCAGUGAUCUUCUUUUUCCCUUAUCUUAUUCUCGUCUACUGUGUGUUUACGAACAUCUUCUUUGCCAUCCUGGACAGGUUUUUUGUGUCGGCUGAUCCUCCUCCGAUGAAGCUAAAGCGGAAGCUCAAGCCAUUACUAUCAAAGAUUUGUCGCUGCAUUGAUUGGGAUGAUGAUUUUGUCAUGGAGGAGGACCCCAAAGGUGCCAAGAAAGAAGGUCCACAAUCUAGAGCAGAUCGGGUGGCAGUGACAGCAAAAAUCAUCCAUGACAUCAGGAAGGGACUUGACGGCGACAGUGGCAGCCGUCUUGCUCAAAGCAAACCCCUUACCGAAGUGUGCGACGUGGAUGAGAAGCUUUCAAAUGUAGUGAAGUGGAGCAAGGAGGAAGCCGCGUCCAUCGUAAGUGAGUUUCAAAACUUGCUCGUCAAGAAGCAGAGGCACAAGAAUGAAGAUGUGUUUCUGAAGCAGGUUGUUAUGAAGAAGGUUGACGCAGAUGAGACAAAGACAAGAGAGGAAAUGGAAGAAGCUCACAGGCAGAUGAGAUAUGCAGCUGAAGUGCACGAGGUCAUGGCAGUCCGAGAUCAACAGACUCUUGCAAAGUACAUUUGGCUGCUCGAGCAAAAGAUUCAGAAGAAAAUGACGGACAAACAUGCUCUGAUGAUGGAGGUCCAACACUUGCAAGAUGAGAUGGACAAAAUGCGCUUCACAAAAGAGGAUUUACGAAACCAAGCAAACGGAGUUGGAGCAGAUGUUCCGCAAGAAGAGGAUGAAGGUAGUGCUUCUGAAGCUGAGCUUGGAGAAAUGAUUCAAGCAAAUGUCGCCUCUGCUUCUCGUGUUCCACUUGAUCCGAAUUCAGCAAUGGAAGACACUGGUCGCUCAGAUCCAGCGACUGCAGACAUGUUAAAAGCUUUAAAUGGCUGAAAUUGCCCUAGGCAUGUGUGCAGUUGCGAAGUCAGAAUUGUACAUUGCAUCUUAGCUUGUAACCAAGAUCAUUGUGUUCCAAGACCAAAGUCAGCCAUCAACAUGUGUGUUUCACAACUAGCUCAAAAGCAUUUGAACCCUUUGCACGGCCGAGCAA